AUGGUGGUGGCAUCAGUGACGCCGUCCAGAUCUCGACGGCGUGUACUGAUCGCUGCAUUCUUGCUACCUCGUACAAUUGAGUUUCAAUUUGAUGACGAGAAAGACACGGAAGCGCCGGUGCAUUCGCCACUCAAUGAUACUGAGCAGCACAGCACUGAACAGCGCCAUGCGAUUCAGCUUACGCCGUCACUGAAAGAGGCAAUGGAAAAGGAGCAGGCACGGUCGCGUGUAUACUCUGGUGUAUCCACGCUCAUUCCUUCGAGUCAAACUUCCACACGGCGCCCGUCAUUUGCCGCAUCGCGAGAUCGUGUGAAUAUGGCCGAUCUUAUGGCCGACGCCGCAGGAUCAGCCUCAGCAUGCCUACAGCCACUUUCUAGCAAUUCUGCAGCGCUCAAUAACGGACCAUUGUCGCCUAGCGCACGAGAGAUGAAUCCUGAAUCAAAGAGCCUUGUCCCUAGUGCCACGUCGAGAGCCGCGAGUACGACCGGCAUCGGUUUCGGCACUGGUGUCAGCAGUGGCUCAGGCAUGGAUGAUAGUGGGAGUGAUAGCGCGAGCUUCAGCAUCAAGAGUAGCGCUGGCACCGAUAGUGCGCGAGCCCCCUUGUCGGCAGUCCAAGUGAAGAGCUCCGUGUCUGAUCAUGGACGAGGCGCUGAGCCUUCCGGCAGCGGUAAGCCGGACUUGACCACUGGAUCGAGAUCUGUGCUGAACUCCACUCACACCCCAGUUCCUAGUGCAUUAAAGCCGUACGGUGCACAUGUUGCAGCAUCAUCCAACAGGCCACAUUCGUCUGGGGCAUCGCGCAGCAGCGAGUCUACCACACCUAUUAGCAUCAUUUCUGACCUAGAAGCCAAGAGUCAUCAGGGUACAACGUCCCGGCCAGUUUCACAAGAAAGCUUUUAUGGAAUUGGAACUCGAUCACCCAAGCCAUCCACACGUUCAUCCCUGACCUCCAGUGGCUCAACACCUCGACUCAUGACACGUCCAGAUCUGGCACCUGGAUGGACAGAUCCCGCAGCGGUUACGAUACCAUUGCCAUCGUCGCCGAUGGCAGCGACAUCUACAUCCAUGGCGUCACCAUCAUCUGGGUCUCCGUCGGGAUUCCCGUUGCCUAUACCACGGGUACCAUCAGCCUCACAUGCCACAUCCGAGAGUGAGCCUGAGCUUGCAUCUGCCUCGACUGCCGACUGCAUGUCUCCAGCUUCUGGACAGCCGUUACGCUCCGCGAAUACACAAGCCAAGUCUGCGACGCCCAACGGCUCGCCAAGAAAGGCAAGCACGUCUCAAUCCCCUGCAACGGUCAGACGUACUGGACCGAGAUUGACCUCGCCAGCUCGGCGCCAGGAGUCUCGUGAUGAUGACCGACGUAUGUCGGGCUCGUCAAUCCGGUUCAACAUUGCACGACGCGUGCCGCGCAGCUCUAGGACCAUGAGCAUGUCGUUCUCCAAGACAUCCGCACCAGAAACAGCGUCUUCUUCCUCCUUGUCUGCUAAUUCGGCUCCGUCGUCAGAACGAAAUAUGUCCUUCUCUUAUGCCAUAUCUUCAACGGACGCUGAGCCAUCAAUCCCGUUCGAAUUCGUGCCCAAUCCCGGUGCCAACUACGGACUCAUCAAUGCCGUGAAUAGCGCACACAUCCUUGAUGCAUGUACAGCUGUGUAUAUCGGCACACUUGGGAUUGAAAUGGACUGGAUCCCUACGGCUGCACGCAACAGAAUUGAUCAGGAAGCCAUGCACCAACAUGCAUGCUUGCCUGUGUGGUUACAAGACGACAACUAUGUUAAGUGCUACCAUCACUACUGCAAACAGAUCCUAUGGCCGAUCUUUCAUUACACACUUCCCAAUGCCCAGGGCUUGGAAGCAGAGCACGACGCAUUCCGUGCAUAUGUACAGGUCAAUCAGAGCUUUGCAGACCGUCUCGUGGCCGAGUAUAAAGAAGGCGAUGUGAUUUGGAUCCACGACUACCAUUUGCUUCUCGUUCCUGCAAUGGUGCGAGCAGCCUUGCCACGCGCACCUAUUGGUUUGUUCGUGCACAUCGCCUUUCCAUCCAGCGAAAUUUUCCGUUGCCUGAGCCGUCGGGGUGAAUUGUUACAUGGCAUGCUUGGCGCCGACUUGAUUGGCUUCCAGACACACAACUUCUGCCAGCAUUUUCGGCAGACCGUGAGCCGGAUUCUCCAGCUGCCGACAACGGCACGUGGCGUGCCGCUGAAGCGCUCCUUUGUCACCGUAGCACCGUUCCCCAUCGGCAUUGACGUGCACGUGCUUAAUCGAAGACGCCAGGACCCAGAGGUUCGUGAAUGGGUCGACAAGCUGAAGGAUCGUUUUGCUGGUAGGCGCGUCAUUGUGGGACGUGACAAACUCGAUUGGAUCAAGGGUGUACGAGAAAAGCUUCUUGCUUUCGAGCUGUUUCUCACUCAGCACCCCGAAUGGGUCGGGCACGUCGUGCUUGUGCAAGUGGCGCUUGCAACCGUGCAGGAGAACCGCGAAGUCGGUGAUGUAAACGACAUUGUCUCGCGCAUCAACCGCAAACACAGCUCACUGACAUACCAGCCCGUUGUGUUUUUGCACGUGCAGGAAAUCACUUUUACACAGUACCUUGCCCUCCUCACAAUGGCUGAUGCAUUUCUUGCAACAUCCCUGCGAGAAGGCAUGAAUCUGACCUCGCAUGAAUAUGUAAUUGCACAAGAAGAACACAAAAGGCCGCUUAUCCUGUCCGAAUUCACCGGCACAUACUCGGCGCUCCGUGCUUGUGUCGGAAUCAAUCCAUUCAACACGCAACAAGUCGCCAAAGCCAUCGAGCAAGCUCUGACGAUGAAGCCAGACGAAAUGGCCCAGCGAUGGCACGAUUUGCAUCGCACGGUCGUAUCACAGACCGCGCAGCAGUGGAUCAUUUCCGUGCUGAGCCAGCUCGAACGUGCGCACACAAACCAGCCCUCACCCAACAUCCUGUUUACCCCGCGCUUGGAAGUAGCCCAGCUGCAAGCUGAAUGGCGUAUCGCUAAGUCACGGCUUGUGCUGCUUGAUUUUGAAAACACGCUCGUGUGUGAGGAUGCAAAGCAUCUGCACGAGAUCGGCUUUACGCCGCCACCUCAUGCUCUUGUUCGUGUGUUGCGACGCCUGACAGAGGACCAGCGCAACUAUGUGUACGUGAUGAGCCGCAAAAGCGCAUCUGAUAUGGAUGCGCUCGCUCGUGCCGUGCCGGGAGUCGGGCUCAUUGCCGAGAAUGGUUGUUACGUGAGGCACUGUGCAAGCACAGAGAAUGGCGGUGGCGCCAGCAUUCCCACUGCCUCUGUUGACAUGAGCAAUAACAGCGGAAAUGGGAUAGACGGGAAUACCGGCGACAGACACAAACGUGCGUGGACCUCUCUCGUCGAUGGAUUCGACAUGAAUUGGCGUCUGCCCGUGCGAGAAAUUCUCGAGUACUUUACCGAGCGCACUCCUGGGUCAUGGAUCGAAGAAUACUCUACGACUAUCACAUGGUACUUUUGCGAAGGCACAAGACUCGAGGAUGAUAUCCAAUGGGCUCGUCGACAGGCGAGUGAAGUGCAGAGCCUCAUUAGUGACUCACUUGUCGAGAGAUUUUCUCUUCAGAUCGUCAAUGAACACACACACUUUGUCAUAAUGCCAAAGAAUGUCGACUUGACCGCUGCCGUUCAAUACAUGCUUGCGCUCGACAACAUGGGUUCGCUGCCUACGCGUAGAGUAACAGGAGAUGUCAAAGGCCAGUUUGAAUUUGUUCUUCUGAUUGGCCGCGAUCAAAAGCUCAUUUCUUAUUUGAAUCACCUCGACUUGCUCUUUACCCCCAACACAUGCACGACGGCUGAGCCUGAUACCAUUGCUGGCUCUAUAGCAUCGUGUCACCUCACACCUGGUCGAGAUGUGCUCAACACGUUGGAAGAUAUAGUGGAUUCUCAUCUGCGUGACCUCAAGUGGGGUGGACCUGCCAUGUUGGAUGUAUAA